ACAUAGAUAAAGAGAGGUUUUGGGUUUUGGAUAUUCUAAGCUUUUGAUUUUGGCCAUGGAAUUAAGAGAGAAUAUGAUGACUAAAUGAAGGUGUAUGAAAGGUGGAAAUGAUUAAGCGGCUGAAGGGAAGACUAUGAUAUGUGAUGUGAUGAGAUGAGAAGCAUAGAGGGAAGAAGCAUGGAUAUGGAGAGUGUAAGAAGAAAUGCAGAGGCGCUGGUGGAGAAGAUGAUGAAAGGGAACGAUGCUUCCCACGAUGCAGCACAUGUUUGGAGAGUUCGUGAUCUUGCUCUCUCCCUCGCCCAAGAGGAAGGCCUUUCUUCUCAUCCUCACUCCAUGCAAAUCGUUGAGCUUGCUGCAUUGCUCCAUGACAUAGCUGAUUACAAAUACCUCAGGGACCCAUCUGAGGAAAAAGUUGUUGAGAAUUUUCUCGACCAAGAGGGGGUCGAGGAGGACAAAAAGAUCAAAAUUUUGAACAUCAUCAAAGGAAUGGGUUUCAAAGAAGAGGUAACAGGAAAUGGAAAUAGUGAAUGGUUCCCAGAAUUUGGAGUUGUGCAAGAUGCUGAUCGACUUGAUGCUAUUGGUGCUAUAGGAAUUGCACGUUGCUUCACCUUUGGUGGGAGUAGGAAGAGGUUGCUGCAUGAUCCUGCCAUUCCUCCACGAUCUGAUUUAUCCAAGGAACAAUACAUGAACAAAGAGGAACAAACUACUAUUAAUCAUUUUCACGAGAAGCUUCUCAAGCUCAAAGAUAUGAUGAAAACCAAGGCUGGGAAAAGAAGGGCCGAGAGAAGGCAUAAGUUCAUGGAGGAGUUUGUGAAAGAGUUUUAUGAUGAAUGGAAUGGUUUAAGCUGAUAAACAUUUCUCAUGUCGUUAACUCAUUAUCCAUUUUCUACGCUUGAAGUAUAUGAUUUUAGCUUCUUAAAAUGUAGUGCCCACAAGCUGGUUCAAAAUGCGGGGAAUUGUUCAAAUCUUGCAACUAGCAAUCCAUGACUCAUUUGUGUUUCAUUCUCUGAGCAUGAUUUUCAUUCUCUGAACAUGUUAUCUGUUAUUUCUUUUCCACCUCAUCCGUAGAGGUUCCAUAUAUUGUGACUGGCUAUACAAAUCCUUUCCAGGAUCAUCCAUAAGUACGGUAGUACUGAUUCAAUUUUGUUAAGGAACCUAGAUAUUUU